AUGGCAACAAUAGGCACCGAAGAUUAUGCCUUUUUUGUUUUAGACUACUUCGACUUGUAUGUAGAGAAUCUUAUGUUGGUCAUCAACGGGAGGGAAUCAGUGUACAACAGCAUUCUAAAAUUCGUUCGGAGCAUUGAUCUUUCAAGUAAUGGUUUGUCAGGAUCAAUCCCUACCGAAAUCUCAAGUCUUUAUGGAUUGGAAUUUUUGAACUUAUCUUGCAAUAAUUUGAUGGGAAGCAUACCGGUGAAAAUGGGACGCAUGAAGGCCUUAGAAUCUCUGGAUCUCUCGAGAAACCAUCUCUCAGAAGAUGAAGACUUUCAAGGUGUAGACGUGAUUGAUGAAAAUGAAGACGGCUCUGAAAUCCCAUGGUUCUACAUUGGCAUGGGACUUGGGUUCAUUGUAGGCUUUUGGGGAGUUUGUGGUGCUCUUUUAUUCAAGAAAGCUUGGAGGCAUGCUUAUUUCCAAUUUCUUUACCGUGUGAAAGACUGGGUGUAUGUGGCCAUAGCGAUAAGGUUGAACCGGCUCCAGAACAAUUUGAGGGUACCCCAUAUGUAGGAGGAAAUGAGUGACGUCGAGGAUAGGAAGG